UUCAAAUAAUGUUGUCAUUAUAUUAUUGUUCAUGUCCAUGUUAACUUCUGGGUAGCCUACUGCAUUACAUUUGAAAAAAAAAAAAUCCCAAUUUCCACAAAGCUAAAACACAUAGACUUUACGUGAUAUACCCAGGCUGUCACUUAUGUCAGUAAAAAGUCUAUCUCAUGUCCUAUUUAGCUUUGGGAAGCAACUUAGUCACACCCUGAACUCGUGCAUUCUUAUGAGGCCAUAAGUGAAAGAGAAAGUUUGUUGCAGAGCAGAUAGAUCGUUGGAUAAGAAACAGAGAGGACGACUUUCUGUCUAACACGUUUGUCUUUCAAGUAUGAAGCCAACAACUGAAGUUGGGCUUAAUGGCUUGAGAAACCAAGGAGCUACUUGUUACCUGAACAGUGUGCUGCAGGUGCUCUUUAUGACCAAAGACUUCAGAGAAGCUGUGGAAAGGUACACCUGUGACAAUCGUAGCACUGAGUGUAUUGAUCGUCAGCUUAACACCCUGUUUCAUACAUUGAAUGAAGAAGCAGCGAACCCCGAUGACAUCACCAAAAAGCUCGGCAUCACACGAGUGUAUGAACAGCAAGAUGCUGCAGAGUACUUUGAAAAGAUUUUGAAUCUAACCAGUGAUGAGGCGUCACAGAUGUUUCAUGGCAUGUUGACACACAGGACUACAUGUUCGGCAUGUGAUACAAAGACUGAAACAGAUGGACCGUUUUGGCAUCUUCCUCUUGCACUGGUGGACUCCGACAGUGAAUACAGCGUGGUGAAAGGCAUUGAGGAGUAUUUCACAGCUUUGGAAUUUAGUGGAGACAACCAGAUGUACUGUGACAAAUGUGAUGACAAACGUGAUGCUACAAUUAAAUGUGAAAUAAAGCAUCAUCCAGAGGUUCUGACUCUGCUACUGAAGAAAUUUGAGCUUGACUACUCCACCAUGACUUACAUCAAAAUGAACCACACUGUCAGUGUUCCCUGCAUGCUACAGAUACCAGAGAAUCAGACUUAUGAACUGUAUGCGUUUGUGGAGCAUUUUGGAGAUCUUAGAGGUGGGCAUUACACUGCUACAAUCAAGUCCCAGGAGGAUGAAACACAGAAGGUUACAUGGUAUAACUUCAGUGACACCAUGGUCACAUUGGUUGAUUCCCCAUUCCAGUCAGGGAACUUCCAAAGGUUAGUUUUAGUUGCAGAUGAUUUCUUUAACCAUCCUGCAGCCAAAUCUCUUCUCACCAACCAGAUCAUUGUCUUUGAUUAUAAUUAAGCAGAAAGCAAGACAAACUAUUCGUUUGAUACAUGCAUUAAACAUCCCUUAGAGGCAACAUUUUUAUCAUCAUAAUUAAGCUGAUACACCUGUUACUCAAAGUGACCACACCUGUCAUUAUCCAUAACUUCUAGCAUUAAUAUCAUUUUACAGUCGAGUUAUAAAACCCAGCCUCACACAGUUGUCAUGAUUGGAAUUGGAGCUCAAAAUCUUUUUGUCCCAAGUUGUAAACAUGCUUAAUAUUUCUUUAAAGUGAGGACAUUUAAUAUGUAGCGUAAAAUGGGAUGACUCGCUUUUGAAACCAGCCUCAAGUGGCUGUUUUUUGCUCCUUGUGUCUGAUCUGGGGGUUGUUGCUUGGUACAUGCAUAUGUAGCAAGGGGCACUAUUGGUGUGUAAUAAACAAGAAACAAGAAUCUAACUGACCCAGCAUCACCACCUGGGGAAUUUUACUCCAGGAAGUAUAUAAACUCCUUCAAACAAAGGCAACACAGGUUCAGCAACUGAAUAAAGACCGAGAUGUGGUUCAAAAAGAAAAUGUAUUUAUUGAUUACUUAGACCGGAAGUAUCUGUGAAUAGAAGGGUGUUAGUUUUUGCUGAAAUGAGGUAAAUCAAUGUAGGAAGGUGUAUCACAAAAUGUAUUACAAUAUAAUUUGUUUAUUUAAUCUUAAAUAAUCCAAUCAAAGACUAUUUAAAAAUUAGCCAAAUGGGAUGGGAAAGAAAGUGGUGCCAGCAGAGGGGAGGCAGCCUGACAUCCAACAUGUUCUUUAUUUCAGUUAUCCACCAGAAUACAUUUAGCUGUUAAAAAGAUGAUUCAAGUGACCCCUUGACACAGGCAGAAUCCCCAGAAAGUACUGGAGCACACAAAUCACACACACACACACACACACACACACACACACACACACACACACACACACACACACACACACACACACACACACACA